ACAGCGAGCACUAUCAGUGCGUACGAAAGCGAAAACCGUCCCUUUUUGUGGUGCUUCACAAGAAAAUGAAACCCUACACUUUUCUAUUUUGUCAGGGCUGUGGUCCGCGAGUCGGUGGCUCUCUUGUUAUUUAAAGCCGCAGAUAAGGUCGAAUACUUUAAAAAUCGAAGAGUAGGCACGUUGCUCCAUUCCGCUACUCGGCCGCUCCUAUCGGGUUUUGUACUGCAAAGAGAGUUUUGGCUUUUGGAGUUUCUUGCAGAAAGAAAUCUGUACAUUCUGUCGCCUUGGGUUGUAUACUUGUAUCAAUUUAAUGUUCAAGAUCGUUGAAGGCAAAGCUUGAAGCAGUUUUCUUCUUAAAAUGCAACCAACAAAGGAGGACCGUAAUGUGAUGCUAAUCAAAGAUAACAAGCCUAUUUGCCUCACAAGAUGCUACGAAGAUCUUCCCUUGGAAAUCCCAACAUAUUGGAAGAUUGUCAAAUAUAAACCUCGCUCUGUAUUCCAGUGGAAUAGGUUACAACAAUUUAAGUUGUUCCCAGAACCUCAAAAUUAUCAUCAUAUGAGAGAGUGGGGACAGUUUUUGUCUUUUUUACAGCAGUCUGGGAUGGUUGCUGUUGUGUACACUGACCAUUUCAAUUUUUACAUACUGGCACCAGAAAAUGAUCAGAAAUGUACUUACUGUGUAGUUCGUGUAUGGAUAAGAAAUUCUGCUUUGGCAUCUUAUUAUAAAGAAAAUGGUGUAUGGGCUUGGAGAUUAUACGAAGCGGCGAAAACAAAAAAAAAACCCUAUUCGUAUUCGUAUCGCUGCGCGGCUACGAGCUGUUACCUUGUUCUUUGGCAAUUUGGAGUCUUCUUCUCCGCCUCCGGCUUCAUUUUCCACCUUCGGCUUCUCUUUUUCUUUUCCGCGUCCGGCUUCUUCUUUUCCUCCCGCCUCCUGCUUGUUCGGCUUCUCGUUUUCCUCCACAGAAGUUGA